UCAGCAACUUAUAGCGGGACUGCGGUGGGCAUUCUGACACUGGGGGGAACUGACUUGGUGCCACUGACAUCCCCAGUGACACCAAUACAGUGAAUCAGUGCUAAUAAAAAGCACUGACACUGUACUAAUGGCACUGGGCAGAAAGGGGUUAACAUGUGGGAUGAUCAAAGGGUUAACUGUGGGCUGUGUGUGUGUGCUGUGUGUGCUUCACUGUAAGCACACUGCUUUGGAUGGCUGUACUGUGCACAGCCAUCCAAAGUAGUGUGCACAAGCUGACAGCAAGGAGAACUGUUUUGUUUACAAAGUGGCUGUGCUUCAU